GUUUGGGUUCUGUUGUUGCACAACGUCACACUUUCCCUUCCGUUUUCCAUUCCGUUUUUUCGCCCUUACGUUACACCUCUUCCCUGUCCUGGGAGUUCCCUAACGGCCGUUCAGGUCUCAGGCAGCAACGGCAAUGGCUCCACCAUCACAAAAAAAACAACAGCUGCCACAAGCAGGCAAGCCACCACCUGCCACCGACACACCAACUUCGGCAUCCCAAGAUGAACACCCCAACCCCAACAGCGACGAACCACCAGACAGCGUCAACAUCAACCCCAACAACAACACAAACGACGACGACGACAGCGAAACGCAAUCACUCCUCUCCUCCCGCCCUACCAAUACCACUCCACUAAUACCACCACCACUACCACCACACGGCCACGACGACGAUGACACACCCACAACAUCCCUCUCAACCAUCCAGAUCAUCAACCUCAACGCUUUCUGGUUUGGGUACCAGCUGCUUUGGUUUCUCGUCUUUGUUGUCGUGGUGCCGGCUCAGGUGGCCGAAAUUGCGGGUCCGCAAGGGAAGGGACGCGCACUGUCGGCGGUAUCGCUUUGUGGUGGGAUAUUGAAUUUAGGGUUGGCGGUUUUGGUAGGGGCUUUUAAUGAUCGGUCGAGUGGCGGGAAGUUUGGGAAGAGGUGGGUGAACGCGGACGGCGACGAGCGGAGCGAGGCGUGCUUCAAAUUGAUGCAGGCGAGCCCGAGGCGAGCCUUGGUUCGGUCUGGAAGACCGAGCGAAGCGAGGUCGACCUGAGCGAAUGCCGUCGCGAGCGACAGCGGAGCGAGCCACAUUGCGCCAAAGGCGCAAUACUCCCCUCACGGGUUUUAGCGAGCGCCAGAUCUCAACCGAGCGAAGAGGAUAUCCUUCAUUGCACCGCCCGACUGACCGCAUCGCCAU